CAGCGUUUUGCUACGAGCAGCUGAUGGCACAGAGGAAACCCUCACCUGGAGCAGGACGGACCUCCACAGUGUUCCCGCUGAGACUUCGGCUAUCAAACCACAAUGAAAAGUCUGAAAGCAAAGUUUAAAAAGACAGAGAGUCAGGACUGGAGUAAAAGUGACGAGAGGCUCCUGCAGGCCGUCGAGCAGAAUGAACCGGAUAAAGUCUCAGCCCUCAUUGUCAAAAAAGGCCUUUGUCCCACUAAGCUGGAUUCUGAGGGCAAGUCGGCUUUUCAUCUCUGUGUAUCUCGAGGCCGACUGGACUGUCUGGAGGUAAUAAUCUCUCAUGGAGCAGACGUCAGCGUCCUUGAUGGGGCUGGCUUCAAUGCCCUUCACCUCGCUGCCAAAAAUGGCCAAUCAGAGUGUUUAAAGAGACUAUUGCAGGAGAGAAUGUCAGUAGAUUGUACUGACAGCAUUGGCAGGACACCACUUCAUCAUGCAGCGGUCAGUGGCUGCUUGUCCUGCACUGAAACUCUGUGGGAUUUUAAAGCCAACCUAGACGUCCAGGACAGUGACGGGGCCACACCUCUGAUCUUAGCAGCCCAGAUGAGCAGAGUAGAGCUGUGUGUCUUUCUGAUGGGUCGAGGUGCCAACGCAAACAUACAGGACAACCAAGGAAGGUCUGCAUUGAUGUUGGCCUGUGAGAGUGACAGUGUUGAGACUGUAGAGGCUCUACUGAGAGGCGGAGCCAACACACAGCUUGUCGACAUACUUGGACACAAAGCGACCAACUACAGCACCACCACAGGCAACCAGCGCAUCAUUCAGAUGCUGCAGGACGGAGUACCUCCAGCAUCUGAGGGCGCCGGCGAGGAGCCAGCUCAAAUCCCUUCAGGCGCCUCAUCAGUGCAAGGGGGAACCACCCCCCGUAAACGGAAAGCUCCUCCACCGCCGCGCUCUCCUCUUCAGAUCCAGGGUUUGCCACCCUCUCCACAACCCAGUCCAGAUCCUCCAGCCCAGUCCCCUGAGCCCCCUUCUGCCUCUCCCCAGCCUCCAGAAUCCCAGGCAUCAGCCCAGGGUGAAGACGAGGAGGUGUUCGAGGAGAUCCGACGGCUUCGCCUGGAGAGAGGCCGCCUGCUGCAGAAGAUUAAAGCCUUGGAGCAGCAGCAUCAGAGUGCCCUCUCUGCCUUGGAGGAGCUGUCUCAACUAAAGCAGCGUCUCGAGGAGGCCGAGGCCGAGCGGGACAGGCUGCUGGAGGAGCUAAAGGGCAGUCAUGGUAUUGGUGCAAGUGACUCUGAGGACAUGGAUGAAAUGCUGGACUUCCCAGAAAAACUGCUCUCGAGGCGCUCCAGAGCUGCUCAGGAUGAGGACACUCCUCAAGCGGACACUGAGUCAGCCGGCCGCCCUGUUGCCCCUGGAGAUUCUGGAACUGUUGCUGAGCUGCGUAAACAAAUAGAGGAACUUACUGCUGAGAAUUCUGAACUUGUUCUUAAAGUGCAGAUGCUGGAGAUGUUUGAGAAAGAUGACACAGACAUGCAGACCUCCACUUCAGACUUUGUCCCCAUAGCUCAGUAUGAGACCCUGAGGACGGAGUUUGAAGCCCUUCAGGAGCGUCUCUCUCAGGCCCAGGCGUCAGACGAGGCCUCCAGUGUGGCAGAAACACAUGGUGAUGAGAAGGAAGGAGGUGCAGAUGCAGAGAGCACAGAAGCUCUGAAGGAGAAGCUGCGUGGGCUGGAGGAGCAGUUGGCCUCUUCCCAGUCUGAGCUGGAGGAGCUGAAGGAGCAGAUGCACCUCGGGGUGCUUUCUGUGGAGUGCGCUGUAGGAGAUAUUCCCACAGCAGGUGCAGGGGCUUCAGACGGCGGUCCGAGCCAGGAGGCACAGCAGCUGAGAGCCAGAGUGACGGCGUUAGAGGAGGAGCUUGCUAAGAGGCAGGGCAAGGCUGGGGGUCACAGUGACCCAGAGAGUGACACAAUCAAACAGCUGACGGAGAAAGUAGAAGAACUCCAGGCUGCUCUAUCCCAGAAAGAGUCCACGAAAGAGGGAGAGGAGACACAAAGUGGAGAGGCAGUAAAGGGCCUGCGUGAUAAAGUUUCAGAGUUGGAGGCAGCCCUGGCAGAAAGCAGGACAUCUGGGAACGAGGGAGGAGCGGGAGGAGAUGGGAAUCAGGUUCGUCGCCUUCAGGAGCGUUUGGGUGAGCUGGAGGGGGAGUUGAAGAAGUGUGUUCCCCGAUCAGAGCUGGAGGAGGUGCAGGUGACUCUGGGGCUGCAGUGUGAGCAGCUGGCGAGGGAGAGGGCAGAUGUGGCUAGGAGGCUUAACGAUGCCCUCCUGGAGCUGGAGAGGCUCCGACCUCCUCCACGUGGAGAUGAGGAGGAGGAGGAAGAGGAGGAGGAGGAGCAUUCAGAAAGUUCAGAGCGUUCAGUCGUCUCAGACCAUUCCAGACGCACCUUGGCAGCAGUGAGAGAAGAGCUGGAGGUCGCCAGGCAGGAAGCAGCUCAGGCUCUGGACUGUCUUUGCGCUGAACGGGAAGGCCGAGCUCAGGACGCCCUGCAGCUGAAAGAUGCAGUGCCGCUUUCCAAGCACAAGGAGGCGCUGUCUGCAGUGUCGGAACAGCUGGCUCAGACGCUGCAGGAGCUCCAGGAGGAGAAGAACCACAGGAGCCAAGCUGAGGAGCAGGUGGCUGCACUGGAGGCCAAACUGGAGGCCAUGCAGGACGCCGUUCCCAAAGAAGAGCACGAGAAGGUCAAGGCGGAGCUCCAGCGCUCCCUGCAGGCCAGUGAGAGCAGUGCAGCUGCAGCUCAGGACGCUGUGACAGAGAAAGAGAUGGAGCUGAGGGAGCUGAAAUCCCAGAAAGCUGCAGAACAAGGUCUGAUCUCUAAGGAGGACCACGAGGCCCUGCGGCUCUCCCUGCAGGCCGAGAUCAACGCCAUCACGGCCCGAUUCAAUGAUCUCACCCGCAAACAUGAGAAGACCUGCACUGAGGUGUUCCAGGUGCAGAGGGAGGCGCUCUUUAACAAGAGUGAGCGGCAGGUCGCAGAGUCCCAGCUGGCCACGGUGCAGCAGCAGCUCACGGAACUUCAGGCCCAGUCCAGCCACAUCCAGGAGCUCCACAAAGGCAUCCAGGAGUCCCAGGGCCUGGUCAAGGAGAAGGACCGCAAGAUAACGGAGCUGUCAAAGGAGGUGUUCCGGCUAAAGGAGGCCCUGGGGGCUCUCUCACCUCCUCUCGGCAUCACCUCCUCCUCCUCCUCCUCCUCUUCACCCGCCCAUCAUGGAAACCCCGGACAGCAAGUGGCUCUGCAGAACAGGAUCGGAAUACUCACCCAGCAGCUCCAGGAUUGGGAGAGAAAGCACAAGCAAGUGGUGACUGUAUAUCGCUCCCAUUUACUGGCAGCUGUACAGGGUCGUAUGGAUGAAGAGGUGCAGCGUUUGCUUCUCCAGAUUCUGAGGAUGUCACAGCAGGGACACUGAACUUUGUCUGCAAGUUUCUCUCCGUCUUCAGCAUUAUGUAGCUGCUCCAUCACAGCAGCCUGUGGGACCAGUAUGGUAAAGUCUAAAAAGCCAAAUCCAACUGAUCUGUGGUCAGACGUACAGUAGCUGCAUGCAUACAAUAUAGUAACCGAAACAACAGCCUUAAGGCUUGACCGAGAACCAAACAGUGAAACAACGGAACGUGGAGUGCCUUCAUUAUCUGUCAGGGGUUUGUGAUAGCAGGACGUGAAUGUGGAUAGAGAGUGGUUAUUUAGAAUGAACUGAUUGUGUGAUAAAGCCUAUUGAUUUUAUAUGAUAUUGUUAUAAUAAAAAAGAAAAAUAGGUGCUCUGCC